AUGGUGUCUUCCAUUCCAUCUCACAGAACAUUCCGGAUCCAGCACUUCCUCACCAAGAAGAUGAAGCAGAACUGGCUGAUCCCACAGUGGAUCUGCAUGAAAACUGGGAUCAGGUACAACUCUAAGAGGAGAUCCUGGAGAAAAGCCAAGCUGACCCUGUAG